AUGACAGGAGUAUGUCAGGAGUAUGCGGGCAGUCGUGUCCUGGUGAGAAACGUGACUGAAAGGGGAGGACCAGGGAAACUCCGCUCCUACUGGGAAGAUGGUAUUUAUGUUAUCAAAAGUCAGAAGGGUGUGGACAGUCCAGUGUUUGAGGUGGAACCAGAGAGUGGCAGAGCUCAGGAGUUCCAUCUUCAGGAACAACAUACAGUCCCAGAACUGAGUGAGUUUGGUGAACUUAUUGAGGAGGAACAAGGGGACCAGGUCCACACAGCGGUUUCGGAGGAGAGUGAAAGAGACGUAGCCACAACAGAUACGGACAGCUCAGAAAAUGAAAUGGAGGAGGCAGAGCAGAGGGCUCGUAACCUUAUGAUUCAGCCAGGACCUGAGCCCCCCACCACCCCUGAUUCCUGUGAUUCAACCAUGGUGUUAGACGCUGUUGCCACCCUGCGAGGAGAGAUGCUCUUCUUCAAGGACAGCUUCUUCUGGCGUAGCCACAUUCAGAGCUCGAAAUCUCAGCAAGUCCUCAUCGCAAACUUCUGGCCAGAUGCUCCCGUCAACAUCGACGGCGCUUAUGAAAGCCAAGUGUUGGACAGCGUCUUACUCUUCAAAGGUCGUCGAGUGUGGGCUUUCAGUGGCUAUGAUAUCGUGCCCGGCUUUCCCAAAUCUAUCUCCAGUUAUGGUCUUGAUGAAAGUGUGCAGAAAGUCAAUGCAGCUCUUUAUGAUGCAGCAACUGGCAAGACUCUGUUCUUCGUAGGCAGCAAGUACUACAGUUACGACGAGGCCAAGAAGAGAAUGGAUAAGGGAUUCCCCAAGAAUGUGGAUCAAACCUUCAACGGUCUGACCGGGGAGGUGAUGGCAGCUUUCCAGUACAGAGGUUUUACUUACAUUUACAGUGGACCGUACAUGUUUGAGUACAGCCUAAGGAGUGGCAGACUGUUCCGAGUGCUAAAGAACGACUACUUCCUGCGUUGCUAUAAGAACUAG